AUGGCGAGCCGGACCGCCAGCACCAGCGCCCCCACCGACGCUCAGUCCGAGAUGAAGCUCGCAAGUCAUGUCGCACGCUCUGCCGCCGAGACGGCAGGCGCUUCUGGCAUGCGGCUCGUCUACUCGACGCGCCCGCACUGGCCGUUCGCACCCGCCUCGAGCGCACCCGAUGGCACGGCGCCGGCGAGCAUCGAGAUUGCGGUGCUCGACUCUUCGUUCAACCCGCCCUCUCGUGCCCAUCUGGCGCUGCUGCUGUCGGAGCCGAUCCUGGCACGGCCCAAACGCAGCUACGACGGCCACCUGCUGCUCUUCUCGACGCAGAACGCCGACAAGGGCGCAGGCAAGCCGGGCGACGCGAGCCUCGAGCAGCGAGUGGAGAUGAUGACGCUCAUGGCGCGCCAUGUGGAGCGCAUCCAGUCCGCCGCGGGUCGCACAGCCAACGUAGCGGUGGGCCUGGUGGACAAGCCGCUGAUCUUUGCCAAGUCCACGCUGACCCGCGAGCUGUUACAACAGCAACAGCCAGACCGCGACACGACACUGACGAGACUGCACUGGGUGGUCGGGUUCGAUACGCUCUACCGCGUGUUUCAGCCAAAGUACUACGAAUCGCUGCACCAGAUGCACGAGCAGUGCAACAAGUUCUUCGACCAGGAGCGGACUACGUUUGUAUGUGCGCGUCGCGACCCAGCGUCGUACCCGCAGCUUGCGUCCAAGGAUGCAGAGGGAGAGGCGAGAAGCCAAGAGGACAAGCUGCUGGCGUCGAGCGACGUGGCAAAGUGGGUCGAGCAGCAGUCGAUCGGCAUGCUCGACCUCGAGUCGGACCAGGCCAAGCUCAGCUCGACCAGCAUCCGCUCGCUGCUCAAGGACACCAGCAUCGACGAUGCGGAUAAGAAGCAACGCCUGGAAACCCUCGUGCCGCCAGCGCUGGUCGAGUACCUCCGCGACGCGUCGCUUUGGGCGGCUGCUCUGCUGCUCCACUUUUUUGCAGCUGAGCUUUGGAGGAAGAGCGUUGGUGGCGUAAAAUGGCAGCGCGCUUCCGACCCGGUUCAGAGUGCGGACCUCCUCGUCCGCUUCCCUCUUUCCCUUCUCGCUUUGCGCAGCCGACAUCUGCGGCUCAGUGGCCACCUCCAUCUUCCUUGCUUCCGUCUUGCAUACUCGACUGCCGUGGAUGAGGCAGCCCACGCCUUUGCUCUGCAGAGUACCGACGCCAGCCGAGCUGCGAACACGAUGAUCGCUGCCCUUGCGCAGCCGCACGCACCUCCUUCCUACCGACCGCAGCCCUACAACACAGCUGCUGCAGCAGGAGCUGACAUGGAGCGGCCGCACAUGGAACAGAACCAAGGACGUGGCUCUGAGCCGUGGUCGCCGUCGGGACCAGCUCCUCCCUCGGACACACCCACGCUUCCCAUGCAGGUGUUCUCGUCGCCGAGCGAGAGCGUCUAUCCGGCGUCUACCAAGGCGGCGAUCGAAGCGACUCGCGCACGCUUCUUUGCGCGGCAAACCUCCGGUUCGCGAUCCGCACCGCGCUCUCGGCCCACCCCGACCGGCUCGGCAUCGCUCUCUGCCUCGUCGCAGCCACGACGCGGUGCCAAGGAUCACGUGCUGUCGAGCGGGGCAUCGUCGUCGUAUCGCCAGUCGUUCUUUGAGCGGUGUCAGCGCGCGAUGAACCAGACGCGCAUUGCGCAGCGCAAUGCCCAAGUGCGCGCCUUCCGCACGGGCAUCGACGGUGCCACGCCCGGCUUGUAUUCCGACGAAAUGGACCAGGACGACGACUCGGCGCCUUCCUCCCCUCCCUAUCCUAGCGAUGCCGAGGCGAGGGAAGAGGAUGACGAGUUGACGCGCGCACGCAUCCUCGCCGAAUACGCACGGCUGAAGCGCAUCUACGAGCUCAAGGGACACCUCGAGAUCGGCUGGAUCGAUCCGGAUCAGCUCGAGUGGCUCGAACACGAGACGCGCUACGACGAACUCGUCCAUCCGCUCGAGCGCGCCGACGACGAACAGCUCCAGCAGCUCUGGAUCGAGUCCCAGCAGCAACAGGCACAUGCGACCGACGAAGCUAUGCACGACGUUGACGGCUUUGACGACCCUGCGUUCGAACAGGCUCUCGCUCAACUACCCUUCUGA